UACUGCAGCCAUUUCAUCAGCUCCUGCCUAUAAAUGGUGCCACGGGACACUGGGGGCACUGGGGACACUGGGAGUUCAGCUGCUCUGGGACAGCCAUGAAGGUCACCCUGGUGCUGCUGGGGCUGGCAGCUCUGUGCCUGGCAUUUUCCACUGCAGAUGCUGCCACACAGAAUGAGGUGGAUUGCAGCGAGUACAAGAGGCUGGAGAGGGGGAGGCCCAUCUACUGUGAGAGGCUCUACCAACCCUACUGCGGCUCCGACGGCAAAACCUACAACAACAAAUGCUCCUUCUGCAAGGCUGUGCUGAAGAGCGGAGGGGCCCUGCACGUGAAGCAGGCAGGGGCGUGCUGAGGACAGCUCGCCCUGCCCGUGCCUGCCUCUCCUCCAUCCUGCCCUGGGGUGCCAGCUCUGCUCUCCCUGCUCCCGAGCUGGGGCUGCCACUCCUGUCCCCGCAGCAGAGCUGCUCCUGCUGCUGCCCACCACCAACCUCGGAUGUUUGUCUCCAUGGCUGAAGUUCAAAUCUCUGACCGUGCCCCAAGUCUCUCCCCCUUGUUGUUCAAAUGUUUUCUUUCCUUUACCCAGAAUCUUCAGCAGUUGUUUUUUCCCAAAGCUUUUCAGCUUUCCCAGGCACUGCUCUGACUCUCCCAGUUUUGUAGCUGAAUUUUGAGUGCUUAUUUUUCAUCCCUCUCUGUACAAUUCUGGUUCCUGUCUGUUGUUUAGCUACUCAGUGUACUUGUUUAUUAAAAUAAACAUUCACUCUUUUA